GGGACCUGGACCAUGUGACGGCUCCGGGGAUGCUGAAGGCGGCAUGUGACUCCCCGGGCUCCGGGGGCUCGAACACGAUUUAAGCCCAAGCGCACCAGGUGCCCGGCUCGGGGGCCGCGUCCCGCGCUCGCCCGCCUCUGGGCGGGGCCUGACUCUAGGGAAACCUCCCCGCGGGCCUGCAGCACCUGCGACCACCGGGGGCCUUGGAGCACCGGGCCCCUCGGCGGGGGGAUCCCCCGGCCCGCCAGCACCUUCGCCCCAUCAUUCUGCGGCCGCCGCCGGCUCCCGGCUCGGUGUGGACUCCGAGGCCCAGAGAGGUGAUGGGAUUUGCCUAAAGUCAUGCAGCUAGUGGCAGAACCAGGCCUAGAAGCCGGGGGUCCUGGCUCUCAAGACAUCCCGCUGCCCGAGGAAUGGGACAGAGAAUUGGAAGCUAAAGCUACCAAAGACGUAGAAAGGAAUCUUAGCAGGGAUUUAGUGCAAGAAGAAGAACAGUUGAUGGAAGAAAAGAAAAAGAAAAAAGACGACAAGAAAAAGAAGGAAGCUGCUCAAAAGAAGGCCACUGAACAAAAACUCAAAGUGCCAGAACAGAUAAAGCCCAGUGUAAGCCAGCCUCAGCCUGCCAACUCUCCUGACGGCACCUCCGCAGCAACCAGCACUAAUAAUAAUGCCAAGCGAGCCACCGGCAGCAGCCCGCAGCAGCCGCCGCAGCCCCUGCCCCAGCCCCAGCCACAGCCGCCAGCACAGGCCGUGCCUCGGUAUCCUCGGGAAGUCCCGCCACGAUUUCGCCACCAGGAACACAAACAGCUUCUAAAGAGGGGUCAGCAUUUCCCGGUCAUCGCAGCAAACCUGGGCUCGGCUGUGAAAGCGCUGGGCAGCCAGCCGGAGAGCAGCGCGCUGCCCGCGCCGCGGCCGCAGGACCACGGAGAGGCGCCGGGCGGCAGGACUCCGUCAGACGUCAAUCACAACCCUUCCGGACCCCAGUAUGAACAUUCGCCGCGGGGCCCUGUGUCUUCUCCCGGCGACGCGUGCACAGACUGUCAGGAUGCUGCUGUGAGCGACGCGCCCGAGCGGGAAGCAUGGCCCUCGGUCCCUGGCAGUGACCCCGAGUCGGCCUCAGAAUGCGCGGACGCUGACUCUGCCUCGAGUUCCGGAUCAGAGCGAACCAUCACGACCAUGGCGUCGGGGGGCGCGGGCGGCGACAAGGAUGGCCUUCGGGGUAGCGCCGGACUUGGCUCCCAGAACAAGUUUGUGGCUGGUAGUGGCGGUGGCUCGGGCCCCGGAGGCUGUCCCGGGCCGUGGGGCUUCCCCCACGGGGCCAUGCUAAGCACAUGCCAGGUCCCCGCGGAGGCUCCCGACGGCACGCCCGAGAGCAGCGGCAGUCGCGUGAGCGCUUGGGGAACGGCGAGUUCUUCAUCCAAUGGAGGGUUAAAUCCAAGCACUUUGAAUCCCGCGAGCAACCACGGUGCCUGGCCAGUGUUGGAGAGCAGCGGGCUCGCCCUGAAAGGGCCUGCGGGGAGCGGCGGCGCUGGCGUCAGCGUGCAGGGCGGCGCCCUCGGCCAGAUGCCCAACAAUCAGAGUAUUAACUCUAAAGCGGGCGGUCCUUCUGCCCUCGGCACCUGGGGAAGCCUUCAGGAGACGUGUGACUCCGACCUCAGUGGUACCCAGAAGGUUCCGUUCAGUGGUCAACCUCAGAACAUCACCGCUGAAACGGCCGGACCAAAUAACACUACGAACUUCAUGACCUCUAGUUUACCAAACUCCGGUUCCGUGCAGAACAGCGAACUGCCCGGGAACGCGGGAGCCUGGCGCGUGAGCACAGUGCACCACCCUCAGAUCCAGGCCCCCUCGGUGAUGAACGGCACUUCCCUCCCUCACCUUAGCAACGGCGAGUCCAAGAGCGGGGGCGCCUACGGUACUACAUGGGGUGCCUACGGCUCUGCUUACGCUGCCGACAAAUGCUCCAGCCCCAACGGCCAAGCUCAUGGUGACACUGUGAAUGCAACUCUAAUGCAGCCUGGCGCAAACGCGCCCGGGGGCACUCCCUUCCACGCGAGCACGAGCAAAGGAGGCGGCGUGUGGGAGGCGGGGGCGGCGGGUGCCCAGGGCGCGCCGUGGGCGAGCGGAAAUGGUGCAAAUUCUGGCGGCAGUCGGCGAGGCUGGGGCACCCCUGCACAAAACACUGGCACUAAUCUCCCCAGCGUGGAGUGGGGCAAGCUGCCGGGCAACCAGCAUUCCAGUGACAGUGCAAACGGCAACGGAAAGAAGUUUACAAACGGAUGGAAGUCUACUGAGGAAGAGGAGCCGGGCUCUGCGGCAUCUCAGGCCAGCGAGCAGAGCAGCGUGUGGGCCAAAACGGGGGGUCCCGGGGAGGGCGACGGCAGCACGGAGAGCCCCGCACGCCUGGACGAGAAAGCCCCCGGGGAGAGUCAGAGCCGCGACAGAAGGAAAGUCGAUCAGCACACGUUACUCCAAAGCAUCGUGAACAGAACGGACCUGGACCCCCGGGUCCUGUCCAACUCCGGCUGGGGACAGACGCCCAUUAAGCAGUAUACUGCCUGGGACACGGACGCCUCGCCCCGAGGGGAGCGCAAGGCGGACAACGGGACCGAGGCCUGGGGCAGCUCUGCCACCCAGACUUUUAACUCAGGGGUGUGUGGAGAGAAGACGAGCCCGACCAGUAACGAUACCUCAUCUGUAGCGGGGUGGGGAGACCCCAAGCCGACCGUGAGGUGGGGGGACUCCAAAGGCUCCAACUGCCAGGGGGGGUGGGAAGACGAUUCUGCUGCUACAGGAAUAGUCAAGAGCAAUCAGUGGGGGACUUGCAAAGAGGAGAAGUCCGCCUGGAACGACUCGCAAAAGAGCAAACAGGGGUGGGGGGACGGGCAGAAAGCAAACCCCGGGUGGUCCGUGUCUGCCGGAGACAGCUGGGGCGAAAGCUCCAGAAGUAACCACUGGGGUGAGGCCAACAAGAAAUCCAGCUCAGGAGGUAGCGAUAGCGACAGGUCCGUUUCGGGUUGGAACGAACUCGGCAAACCUAGUUCCUUCACUUGGGGAAAUAACAUAAAUCCAAAUAAUUCAUCAGGAUGGGACGAAUCUUCGAAGCCCAGCCCUUCCCAGGGAUGGGGAGAGGGUCCAAAGUCCAAUCAGUCGCUGGGCUGGGGAGACUCGUCCAAGCCAGUCGGUUCUCCGGACUGGAACAAGCAACAGGACAUUGUUGGGUCUUGGGGCAUCCCGCCGGCGGCGGCCGGCAAACCUCCUGGCACCGGCUGGCUGGGGGGGCCCAUCCCGGCCCCGGCCAAGGAGGAGGAGCCCACGGGCUGGGAGGAGCCGUCCCCAGAAUCCAUCCGGCGCAAAAUGGAGAUUGACGACGGGACCUCGGCGUGGGGAGACCCCAGCAAGUACAACUACAAAAAUGUGAACAUGUGGAACAAGAACGUCCCGAAUGGCGGCGGCCGCUCGGAGCAGCAGGCCCAGGGACCCCCGCUGCUGCCGACCGCGGGCCCCGGCUCCGGCAAGGACGUGAGCAGCGGCUCUGGCUGGGGCGAGCCCUGGGGGGAGCCUGCUCCAGCCACCACUGUGGACAACGGCACUUCGGCGUGGGGCAAGCCCGUGGACAGCGGCCCCAGCUGGGGGGAGCCCAUCGCUGCGUCCAGCGCGUCCACGUGGGGCUCCGGCUCUGUCGGUCCACAGGCGCUGAGCAAGUCUGGGCCCAAGUCUAUGCAGGACGGCUGGUGCGGGGACGACGCACCUCUGCCCGGCGCGCGCCCCACCGGCUGGGAGGAGGAAGAGGACGUGGAGAUCGGGAUGUGGAACAGUAAUGCGUCUCAGGAGCUGAACUCCUCUUUAAAUUGGCCACCAUACACGAAGAAGAUGUCAUCGAAGGGUCUGAGUGGCAAAAAAAGGAGAAGGGAAAGGGGAAUGAUGAAAGGUGGAAACAAACAAGAAGAAGCCUGGAUAAAUCCAUUUGUUAAACAGUUUUCAAAUAUCAGUUUCUCGAGAGACUCACCCGAAGAAAAUGUACAGAGCAAUAAGAUGGACCUUUCUGGAGGAAUGUUACAAGACAAACGAAUGGAGAUAGAUAAACAUAGCCUAAAUAUUGGUGAUUACAAUCGAACGGUCGGGAAAGGUCCUGGUUCUCGGCCGCAGAUUUCCAAAGAGUCUUCCAUGGAGCGCGGUCCUUAUUUUGAUAAGGAUGGCCUUGUACCCGAUGAAUCCCAAAACAUGCCGUUUAUGUCCAGUCAGAGCAUGAAGCUUCCCCCUUCAAAUAGUGCACUACCUAACCAGGCCCUGGCCAUAGCAGGGCUGGGGAUGCAAAACUUGAAUUCUGUUAGACAGAAUGGCAAUCGUAUGUUCGGUGUCGGAAACACAGCAGCACAACCCCGGGGCCAGCCGCAGCCUCCAGCACAGCCUCUUGGUUCAUCUCAGCCUAAUCUCCGUGCUCAAGUGCCUCCUCCAUUACUCUCCCCUCAGGUUCCAGUUUCAUUGCUGAAGUAUGCACCAAACAACAGUGGCCUGAAUCCGCUCUUUGGCCCUCAACAGGUAGCCAUGCUGAACCAGCUAUCCCAACUCAACCAGCUUUCUCAGAUCUCCCAGUUACAGCGACUGCUCGCACAGCAGCAGCAGAGGGCGCAGAGCCAGCGGAGCGUGCCGUCUGGGAGCCGGCAGCCACAGGACCAGCAGGGUCGGCCUCUGAGCGUGCAGCAGCAGAUGAUCUCGCAGCCUCGCCAGCUGGACCCGAGCCUGCUGGUGAAGCAGCAGCCGCCCGCCUCGCAGCCGCCGCCGCUCCAUCAGCCAGCCAUGAAGUCCUUCCUCGACAACGUCAUGCCCCACACCACAGCCGAGCUGCAGAAAGGGCCCUCACCAAUAAACGCUUUCAGCAACUUCCCUCUAGGCUUGAACUCAAACUUGAAUGUAAAUAUGGAUCUGAACAGUAUUAAAGAGCCGCAGUCGAGACUGAGGAAGUGGACGACGGUGGACAGCAUUUCUGUGAACACAUCUUUGGAUCAAAACUCCAGCAAACAUGGUGCUAUUCCCAGUGGUUUCCGGCUGGAAGAGUCUCCAUUCGCUCCCUACGACUUCAUGAGCAGCAGCCCCUCCCCGGCCAGCCCUCCAGGCUCCAUCGGGGACGGCUGGCCACGUGCCAAAUCGCCUAACGGCUCUAGCAGUGUUAACUGGCCGCCAGAAUUCCGCCCUGGCGAGCCAUGGAAAGGUUAUCCAAACAUUGACCCUGAAACUGACCCUUACGUCACUCCUGGCAGUGUCAUAAACAAUCUCUCGAUCAAUACUGUGCGGGAAGUCGACCACCUCAGGGACAGGAACAGUGGGUCCUCCUCAUCCUUGAACACCACGCUGCCUUCAACUAGUGCCUGGUCAUCCAUUCGUGCCUCCAACUACAACGUCCCCCUCAGCAGCACAGCACAAAGCACUUCAGCCAGAAAUAGUGAUUCCAAAUUGACAUGGUCUCCUGGUUCAGUCACAAACACGUCUCUGGCUCACGAGCUGUGGAAGGUCCCUUUGCCACCUAAGAACAUCACUGCUCCGUCCCGCCCACCUCCGGGACUCACUGGUCAGAAGCCGCCCUUGUCCACGUGGGAUAACUCGCCCCUGCGUGUCGGUGGAGGAUGGGGGAAUUCUGACGCCAGGUACACCCCAGGUUCCAGCUGGGGUGAGAGCAGCUCAGGGAGAAUAACAAAUUGGCUCGUUCUAAAAAACCUCACACCUCAGAUCGAUGGCUCGACCCUGCGCACCCUGUGCAUGCAGCACGGCCCGCUGAUCACAUUCCACCUGAACCUCCCGCACGGGAACGCUCUGGUCCGCUACAGCUCGAAGGAAGAGGUGGUGAAGGCCCAGAAGUCUCUGCACAUGUGUGUCCUGGGGAACACGACCAUCCUCGCCGAGUUUGCCAGUGAAGAGGAGAUCAGUCGUUUCUUUGCACAAAGCCAGUCUCUGACCCCUUCUCCCGGCUGGCAGUCCCUCGGCUCCAGCCAGGCCCGGCUGGGCCCCCUCGACUGCCCUCACUCCUUCUCCAGCCGGACCGAUCUCAAUCACUGGAAUGGUGCUGGGCUGUCGGGAACUAGCUGUGGGGACCUUCACGGCACUUCACUCUGGGGGACCCCCCAUUAUUCCACAAGCCUCUGGGGCCCCCCCAGCAGCAGCGACCCCCGGGGAAUGAGCAGCCCCUCCCCCAUUAACGCUUUCCUUUCUGUUGACCACCUGGGUGGGGGUGGCGAGUCCAUGUAGCAGCGUAGACGGAAGACGCAGACCUGUGGCCUGACGAUGCGAACGCAAGGAGCACUAAGUCGGCUCGCCGCCUGCAGCCGGGGGCGCCGGGGAACAGCUCUGCUCUGCACAUUUCCCACUUUGUUUUCCCCGAAACAUAUCAGUUUGAAUACUUGAAUCAUGCAGGCCAAUAUUAUAAUGUGAAAAGGUUUCUAUCUAUCUACACUCCCACAUAGCGCCAUACACGCUGGGCCGCACACACAGCUCGCUCGCCUACACUCAUCCGGUUAGCCUUGCGCUUGGGUGGUCUCGGUGGGUGUUUGUUUCAGUCUCUCCCUGCCCCACCCCGCCCCACCCCACCCCAGCCUACCUGCCCCCCUCACCUACCCAAUCCCACCCCAGCCCUUCCCUUCCCUUCCCUUCCCUUCCCUUCCCUUCCCUUCCCUUCCCUUCCCUUCCCUUCCCUUCCCUUCCCUUCCCUUCCCUUCCCUUCCCUUCCCUUCCCUUCCCUUCCCUUCCCUUCCCUUCCCUUCCCUUCCCUUCCCUUCCCUUCCCUUCCCACCUCACCCCACCCCACCCUUUACCAUUGGUUUUCAACCGCCGGUCCGCAGAAAUUUUCUGCCGGUCCGACACAAAAGUUAUUGCCGCUAAACCGACAGUGGUUUUCAACUGCCGGUCCGAGGACCGGUGCCAGGCUGCAGGUAUAAAAAGGUUGAAAACCACUGGUCUCCGCUGUGCCGCCCCCGUCCCCCUCCCUGCCCGUCCAUCUCGGCCUUUCUCCUUCUCCCUCCUCCCUGUCAUCCCUGCCAUUUAGGACAAAAGAUCCCCCCUUUUCUCUCUCUCUCUCUCUCUCCCUCCCUCCCUCUUUCCCUCUCUCUCCGUCUCUCCCUCUCUCUCCCUCUCUCUCUCUCUCCUCUCUCUCAAUUUUUAUUUUUUUUGGGCUGAUAAUGUUUGAGCUUUUAACUUUGCACUGAAUGAUGUUCUCUCCGUGUCCUGGGCGAUGGCGGGGGACAGCUGUUCCAGUGUAAAUGUUUACUCAAGGACCUGAAAAGGUGUGCGCUCUGCCCGCCCUGGCGCUGCCGCCUCGUGGUCCCCGUGGAGCCUCAGAAGAUCGAGUUAGGAGACUGACUUAGGACAUCAGUGAAAGUGUUGCACCCGUUCCUUCUUCAUGUUGUAAAACUAAAGAAUUUUUGCUCUGCAGUUUGAAAAACUGUGGUCGCAGCUGUGACUCGCCCCCUCCCCCCCCAGGCCCUGCACUUUGAACAGGCUCUCCAUUUUGUUUGGAAGGUCCCGCCGCCGGCCUUCUUGUUUACAGAUUGUUUUGUUUGUUUUUUGAGAAAAAAAAAAUGUUUACUCUUCCAUCAUUUAAAAAAAUUUUAAAAGACAAAAAAAAAAAUGGAGGAUGAUUUAAAAGAUGCUUUCUAUCUCUGGGAAAAAGGAGCAGCAUUCGGCCGUGUCCCUUCGUUUUUCUAUUCCUGUCCUGAAUCAAGGAGCAUGGUUCUCAGGAAAACCAGUUCCCCGGUUUAAAACAAAAAAAACAAGACAAAAAAAAAAAAAAGAAAAAGAAAAAAAAAUGACCCUCCUUGUAGUUUCUUAUAGGAAAAAAAGGAAAGAAACCCCAACUUUAGCACUGAUCCUACAUACUGCUCUGUUAAAGGAUUUUCUCUGCCAAAAAAAAAAAAAAAAGAAAAACAACAAAAAAAUGCUUAAAGCUGGAGUUUGACAUUCUGCUUUCAGAUGCUGUCUUUUUAUUAGUGAGUGAUGAUGGUUUGCUAAUAAUCAAUAGGUAAUGAUUGUCGUAGCCCCAUCCAGUGGCUCUCUGUUUCUGCUCUCGUGCCCGUGUCCAUGUUUAACUGUCGUACCUUAAAGCCGAAAUCAGUAACUAUGCAUACUGUAACCAAGCUAUUGGGCUUACAGAAUCGUUCGUUGUAUAAAGAAAAUUUUAAAUGUUGUUGCAAACUAACGAGUUACACCAUUUUAAAAAUUUCUUUCUCUCCCGCCCCCCCCUUUGCCCACAAAUGGUAUUAUAAUGCUUGUUUAGUCAGAGGGACUAAACAAGGGUAAAAAAAAAAAAAUUUAACAGUACCGAAUUUGCCAUCAUUUCAUUGCCUUGAUUCUAACUGUUUGUGUCCUAAGAUGCAAAAGAAGUCAGUGGCUUUUUAACUGUUUACAAAUAGAAUGUGAUUGUAAAAUGUACAGUUUGGUUGUGUUUGAAUUAUGAAAUUCCUUCCGAUAUAAUAAAACCAUGACUUUCUGGCUGCUCACCAUUAAUUGUCUCUUUUUUGUGAAUUUCUUUGUACGCUCUUUUUAUAAUGAAAGUCUCCGCGUUGCCACGGGUGAGGUUCCUCCCCGAGCAACCGAGUAACACAAACGUAAGCAAAUAUUUGAACAUUUAUCCACAAUUUUCACCCUGAAACAAUGUGAGAACAAUGGGAAACUGUAGCUCGCUCCUUCGCGCCCUCCCUGAGCAUCUUCGGGACCUCCGUGCCGGACGACCCCCGCGACUCAUCUCCCCACCAUUGUGCCACCUCAAGCCUCAGCAAGAGACCCUCGGACCCUGCCGCGCAGUGACUGGACAGCGUUCUAGUGUUAAACCCUCAUACCUCUGUUACGAAACGAGCAACGCCACAGCCCCGACUGGCCGCCUUCUGACCGGCCCCCCCGGCCCCCCCACCCCGUUCCCGGCCGGAGCCGGGGGGCCGCCCCUGUGUACGUGCAUCCGUGUGUGACUUCAGUCCUGCCCAGCUGCCGCUGUGAGCUCACGUCGUCGGACACCUUAAUCCAAGCAGAUGUUCAGUGCUUUCCCGGAUCUUGACUUCCACACUGGUUUUUCCAAAACCAAAGGUAGCUUCGAAAAACCACACCUGGAAACGUUCGGACCGCUAAGCAGACUGACCUUGUGGGGCUUUGAGUAGUAUAUAAACUGACUUCAUACCUGCGUUCAUUGUAUUGUUCAAGUGUUUGGGAGUUUUUUGCGCUUGUUAUGUGGAAAUAAAAGUGUUUGAUUUAAAAAAAAAAAAGGUCAAGAUGGAUUCUGAUUUU